AUGAUUGGUGCACGAAAUGCUACUGGUGAAAUUUUGGUGUUUCUUGAUGCACAUGUUGAAACAUUGAAUCAUUGGUUAGAGCCGUUAAUUGUUCAAUUAAUCAGUUUAAGAAAACAAUAUCACCAGCACGAUCAGCACGACCAACAACAAUCCAAUGUUCAAAGUCAACCGAAUGAGGAAAGAAUUUCAGGAUUACCAUAUAAACCAAAACAUUUUAUUGUUAGUCCAAUGAUUCUAUCCAUGUCAGAUAAAUCCGAUUACAAUAAUAUUGAAGAAAAUUUCUAUUUAGGAGGUUUUUCAUGGGAUCUAAUAUUUCGUUGGCAUCAUAUUCAUGAAAUGGACAAUGUCACACCAUCAUUGUUGAUACAAUCAAAUCAAACUAGCGAUCCAUACCGUUUAUUAUAUCCACGUAAAACACCAGCAUUAGCUGGUGGUCUAUUUGCUACAUGGCGUGAUGAUUUUUUUCAUUAUGGUGGUUAUGAUGAAGAGAUGUCUAUAUGGGGCGGUGAAAAUAUUGAAUUAUCACUUAGAACAUGGAUGUGUCAUGGACAAAUUGAAAUUAUCCCUUGUAGUCGUGUUGGCCACUUGUUUCAUGCUACACAUCCAUAUACAUUCCCUAUGGGUAAAGAAUUCACUAUUCUACGUAAUCAUAAACGUACUGUACUAGUUUGGUUUCAACAUGAUACAAAUUUGACAUUGGCUAGGAAAUAUUUAUCAUAUUUUUAUACUGUAUCACCAAUGUGUCAAAUUAUUCCAGCGGGUAAUUUGAAAUCACGUAGAAUAAUUCCUAAUUCACUCAAUUGUCAUACAUUCACUUGGUAUUUAGAUAAUAUUUAUCCAUUACUUAAAGAAGAAGCGAAAAAUAUUGAAAUUCAUGAAGAUAUUUAUUCUUUAACAGCUUUUGAUAGUUUAUAA